AUGACGGCGAUGUUCGUCACAAGGCCGGAUGACGUCCGUCUAGCGUCUCCGCCGCCGUCGUCACCUCUCACCGCACUCUGGCCACCGCCGCAUCUCGCACACCUCCACGAUUCGUACAUCCAGGACGGGUACUACGAACCUCAACACGGGCACACACUACGCUGGGUGUCCCAGAAGUAUUGCAGGGAUUCCCUUGCAUACCCAGAGUGUUAUUUCCUUUGUGUGGGCACUCAAAGCUAUUGA